GGGUUGGCAGGCCAUGAGAGAUCAGAUUACGAUCGUGCAUUUAUAAGGGACCUCCCCCCGUUUCCCUGGUCAUAGAGUAAAUGGAUCGUGAUAGCAUCUGACGCAAUUUGACGUCCAAACUUCAAGAUGAAAGAACCGCAGCGACGUUUACGAUACAAUGUUGCUAUAUCCCUCGAUGGCUUCAUUGCUCCCCCAGAUGGAUCAACAGAUUGGAUCGUACAAGACGACAACAUCGAUUUUCAGGCACUUUAUGCCCAGUUCGAUACUUUUAUAAUGGGCCGAAAGACGUAUCAGUGUAUGUUCGCCAUGGGUGAGCAGAACCCUCUACGGCGAUAUCCAAAACAAAACCUGGUUGUCGUCAGCAGAACUCUCAGGAGCGAAGAUCACCCAAGCGUGACAAUCAUAUCACAAAAUUUCACCGGCUAUGUCGCGGACCUCAAAAACGCGGAGGGCCAGGACAUCUGGCUCAUGGGCGGAGGGCAACUGGCGGGUCCGUGUCUAGAUGCGGGGAUCCUAGACUCCGUGGAGACGGCAAUCAUGCCCGUGAUGCUGAGGAAAGGGACCAGAAUGUUGCCGGACUCGGCGCUCACGCCGCUUGGGGGAUUCAAGCUGGAGUUGGUGGAUUGCAAAAAGCUGGACACGAGCGGCAUUGUGAACCCCUAUGAAAGGCUGUUUAGACGUUGGAUUACCAAUCUUCUGUUGUAUAGCAAUCAGGGGUAAUUGUUCUUUUCCUCUGCGUGGUACACAUUUCCUGGUAAUUAUUGCCAACGGAAAGAGCUGCCAAGGCUCGCUGCAAACGUGUGCUAGAAUUGGUGCACUAUUUGCUGUGUGCCUUUCAGCGUACGUAUCUUCUACGCUACCUCAAAAUGCAUUGGCC